AGCGGCGCGGGGCGAUCGCGGGGCGGCGGCGGCGGCGGGGCCGGGCCGGGCCCGGCGAGGCCGCGGGGCCAUGACCGAGUACAAGCUGGUGGUGGUGGGCGCCGGCGGCGUGGGCAAGAGCGCGCUGACCAUCCAGCUUAUCCAGAACCACUUCGUGGACGAAUACGACCCCACCAUCGAGGACUCGUACCGCAAGCAGGUGGUGAUCGAUGGCGAGACGUGCCUGCUGGACAUCCUGGACACGGCGGGGCAGGAGGAGUACAGCGCCAUGAGGGACCAGUACAUGAGGACAGGGGAGGGAUUCCUCUGCGUCUUCGCCAUCAACAACAGCAAAUCCUUCGCCGACAUCAACCUCUACAGAGAACAGAUCAAGAGAGUGAAGGACUCAGAUGACGUGCCCAUGGUGCUGGUGGGGAACAAGUGUGAUCUGCCCACGAGGACAGUGGACACAAAACAGGCCCAAGAACUGGCAAAAAGCUACGGAAUCCCCUUCAUAGAGACCUCUGCAAAAACGAGACAGGGUGUGGAAGAUGCUUUUUACACCCUGGUGAGGGAGAUCCGGCAGUACCGGAUGAAGAAGCUCAACAGCAGCGAGGAUGGGAACCAGGGCUGCAUGGGACUGUCCUGCCUUGUCAUGUGAGAAGAUGCCAAGAAAACGUGGUUCAGGUGCAGCUGCUGGACGAGCCUCGAUCUGUGCUGCCUCUCCUGCUGAUCCCUGCAGUGUUUGGGUGCCAGGGACAGACUCUGGGCACCAGAGUUAAUUAAUUAGCACAAGGUCCUUCUCCAUGCUCCAUCUGAAGAGAACAUCCAUGGCAUCUACCUCCCUGCUCAGCUCACGGGGCAGCAGCACCUCGGCAUGUGCUGGGAUUCUUCUCUCACUGUGUCACCUGCCUUGGUUCCAGAAGAAAUCCAGUCACAAAAGUGAACUAUAGAGACUAAAUGCUGUGAAAAAGAUGACACUUUACCUCUAGAGUAAGAGCUAGAAGUGCUGUGUGUCCCCUGUCUGUUGGAAUCCGUGCAGUGCUGUCAGAGGAGUGGCACGGUUGGUGUCACACGGGGUUGUGCCACCAGGAGUGCCCCUGUCCCCUCUCAGCUGGGUGUCUGCUCUCUGUGCACCUGUACAGCAAAAGUGCUGCAACAUCUCCAGUGCCAGGAGUGCCACCUCCCUGAUCCUCCAUUUCUGUAAUAAAAAGGAAAACCUUUCCUAACUAAGUGCCUGUUUGCUACGAAGAUUUGAAGUUGUCCCUUGGGUUGAGGAAAAGCCCAAGGACUGGAAUUUCUUGGGAGCUCAUUGUGUCAAGCAGGCAAGUGUGCUGUGGGUGAUCUGGGCCUGACAGGAUCCUCCAGCAGCAAUUUGGAAGGUCCAGCAGGCACUUGAGAGACUCUUGGACAAGGGAGGGGACACACUGCAUCUGUGUUUUACUUUCUUUGUGGGUGGAACAGUUUAUAUUCUGUAUUGUUUUCCUGCAGCAUUCAGAUCUCUUCUAAGUUGGACCAAACCUGUCAACUGUUCAUUUUUAACAUGAACUGCCAACAUUUCUGGGCAGCUUCUCACUCAUUUAUCUGGUAACUGGAGGUUGCUUUGGACAGCUGCUAUUCAGCUCUCUCUGUAACUUGCAAGUUGUUUUAUUCUGAAUUAUUUUCUUACCACAGACUGUAAAAAGUCUCUUCAAAAUGUC